AUGAACUGUCCCUGCUCUCGAGACCCACAAGUGCCACACGUUACGAACUGUAAAGUAUGCCACAACACAACAUGCCCCGAUUGCGAGCUAUUCCAGCCAUUACAAAGGGAGUGUCCACAAUGCCAAACCAUAACAAUGCAUAUGGACGAGGAUACCCGCUGCAAGAAUGAUUGUUUCCAGUGUCCCAAUUGUGAGACAGCACUGACCGUACUACUGGCUAAGUCCAGUCGGAAGAAGAGAUACAAAUUUACGUGCAAGCAUUGCGAUUACGAUUACGUGACUCCGUCUAUGAGUGUAACCGACGAGAGAUCCAUUAGUCAAAUUGUAGAUCAUUUGAAUGAGACGUUGAAUGUUGAAUAUCUGCGAUUUCAAGAAUUGAAGAAGAAUAUUGAGCUUGGAGGUGGUAUCGACAAUGUUGUUGUUUUGCCAUUGUGUGGUGAUGACGUUAUUUUACCGAGGCGAACAAAAUUGGUUUGUCAGUUUCAAUCAAUUUGCCCUCAUUGCUAUCAUGUUGUGGAUUGA